CCGCCGCGCCCCUCCCCGCGUCCCCGGCCCGCGCGCGCCAUGGAGCCCGGCCGCGGCGGCGUGGAGACCGUGGGCCGCUUCGAGUUCUCGCGCAAGGACCUGAUCGGCCACGGCGCUUUCGCAGUGGUCUUCAAGGGGCGCCACCGCGAGGACCCCCACUCGAGAACUUCACCGGAGCCAGGGGAGGGGCGUCCGUGUGUCCCCACCUUCAAGGCCACACUUGGUUUCCAGAAGCAUGACCUGGAGGUCGCGGUCAAGUGCAUUAGCAAGAAGAACCUGGCCAAGUCCCAGACGCUGCUGGGGAAGGAAAUCAAAAUUCUCAAGGAGCUGAAGCACGAGAACAUCGUGGCGCUGUACGACUUCCAGGAAAUGGCCAAUUCUGUCUACCUGGUCAUGGAGUACUGCAAUGGUGGUGACCUAGCUGACUACCUACACACCAUGCGGACCCUGAGCGAGGACACCAUCAGGCUCUUCCUGCAGCAGAUCGCGGGUGCUAUGCGCCUGCUGCACAGCAAGGGCAUCAUUCACCGUGACCUGAAGCCGCAGAACAUCCUGCUGUCCAACCCCGGAGGACGCCGUGCGAACCCCAACAACAUCCGCGUCAAGAUCGCUGACUUCGGGUUCGCCCGCUAUCUGCAGAGCAACAUGAUGGCGGCCACGCUGUGCGGCUCCCCCAUGUACAUGGCCCCCGAGGUGAUCCUGUCCCAGCACUACGGCGCCAAGGCGGACCUGUGGAGCAUCGGCACCGUCGUCUACCAGUGCCUGACCGGGAGGGCCCCCUUUCAGGCCAGCAGCCCUCAGGACCUGCGACUGUUCUACGAGAAGAAUAAGACGCUGGUCCCUGCCAUCCCCCGAGAGACCUCGGCGCCCCUGCGGCAGCUGCUUCUCGCGCUGCUACAGCGCAACCAUAAAGACCGCAUGGACUUCGAUGAGUUUUUCCACCACCCUUUCCUGGAUGCCAGCGCCUCCGUCAAGAAGUCCCCGCCUGUGCCUGUGCCUGUGCCCUCCUACCCGAGCUCAGGGUCCGGCAGCAGCUCCAGCAGCAGCUCCACCUCACACCUGGCCUCCCCGCCGUCCCUGGGGGAGAUGGCGCCACUGCAGAAGACACUGACCUCCCCGGCGGAUGCCGCUGGCUUCCUGCAUGGCUCCCGGGACUCAGGAGGCAGCAGCAAGGACUCCUGUGACACAGACGACUUCGUCAUGGUCCCUGCUCAGUUCCCAGGUGACCUGGUGGCCGAGGCGGCCAGUGCCAAGCCCCCGCUGGACAGCCUGCUCUGCAGUGGGAGCUCGCUGGUGGCCUCUGCGGGGCUGGAGAGCCAUGGCCGGACCCCGUCCCCCUCCCCGUCCUGCAGUAGCUCACCCAGCCCGUCUGGCCGGGCUGGCACCUUCUCCAGCAGCAGGUACGGCGCCUCGGUCCCCAUCCCUGUCCCCACUCAGGUGCACAACUACCAGCGCAUUGAGCAGAACCUGCAGUCCCCCACCCAGCAGCACACACCCCGGUCCUCUGCCAGCCGCAGGUCGGGCGGCACCAGCCCCCUGGGCUUUGCCCGGGUGAGCCCAUCCCCUCCGUCCCAUGCCGAUGCCGCUGUCCUGGCCAGGAAGCUGUCUCUGGGCGGAGGCCGGCCCUACACACCAUCCCCACAGGUUGGGACCAUCCCCGAGAGGCCCAGCUGGAGCAGGGCACCCUCCCCGCAGGGAGCCGAGGUGCGGAGUAGCAGGUCACCACGGCCAGGCUCCUCUGUGCCCGAGCACUCGGCCCGCACUCCUGGGCUGGGCUGCCGCCUGCACAGCGCCCCCAACCUGUCGGACCUGCACGUCGUCUGCCCCAAGCUGCCCAAGCCCCCCACAGACCCGCUGGGAGCCACCUUCAGCCCCCCGCAGCCCAGCCCUUCCCCACCUGGCCCCGUGCUGCAGUCCUGCCGGCCCCUACGAGGCUCACCCAAGCUUCCUGACUUCCUGCAGCGGAACCCUCUGCCCCCCAUCCUGGGCUCCCCCACCAAGGUCCCCAGCUCCCAGAACCUCUUGGCUCUGCUAGCCCGGCAGGGCGUGGUGGUGACACCCCCCCGGAACCGGACGCUGCCGGACCUCUCGCAGGCAGGGCCCUUCCAGGGACAGCAGCUGGGCUCCGGCCUACGGCCGGCUGAGGAUACCAAGGGCCCCUUUGGCCGAUCCUUCAGCACCAGCCGCCUCACUGACCUGCUCCUCAAGGCUGCAUUUGGGACACAGGCCUCAGACUCGGGCAGCAGCGACAGCCUGCAAGAGAAGCCCAUGGACAUCGCGCCCUCUGCUGGCUUCGGAGGGAACUUGCACCCUGGAGCCCGCGCUGGGGGCGCCAGCAGCCCAGCCCCUGUGGUGUUCACCGUGGGCUCACCCCCCAGCGGGACUACGCCACCCCUGGGGCCCCGUGGCCGGAUGUUCUCAGUGGGCUCCUCGGGCUCUCUGGGCUCUGCCGGCUCCUCGUCUGCCCGCCACCUGGGGCCUGGGGCCUGUGGCGAGGCGGCCCCUGAGCUCACCGCCCCGGGCCACUGCUGCAGUGCUGGAGACCCCCUGGCCGCCCACCUGGAGGGGGCUGUGACCUUUGAGGCCCCUGACCUCCCCGAGGAGACCCUCAUGGAGCAAGAGCACACGGAGAUCCUGCACAGCCUGCGCUUCACGCUGGUGUUCGUGCAGCACGUGCUGGAGAUCGCAGCGCUGAAGGGCAGCGCCGGUGAGGCGGCCGUAGGCCCCGAGUGCCCGCUGCAGGAGAGCGAGGUGGCCGACCAGAUCAGCCUGCUGAGCCGCGAGUGGGGCUUCGCAGAGCAGCUGGUGCUGUAUCUGAAGGUGGCCGAGCUGCUGUCCUCGGGCCUGCACACCGCCAUUGACCACAUCCGGGCGGGCAAGCUGUGCCUGUCGUCCACUGUGAAGCAGGUGGUGCGCAAGCUGAACGAGCUGUACAAGGCCAGCGUGGUGUCCUGCCAGGGCCUGAGCCUGCGGCUGCAGCGCUUCUUCCUGGACAAGCAGCGGCUGCUGGACGGCAUCCACGGCGUCACUGCUGAGAGGCUGAUCCUCAGCCAUGCUGUGCAGAUGGUGCAGUCAGCUGCCCUGGAUGAGAUGUUCCAGCACCACGAAGGCUGCGUGCCACGCUACCACAAGGCCCUGCUGCUGCUGGAGGGGCUGCAGCACAUGCUCACGGACCAGGCUGACGUUGAGAACAUCGCCAAGUGCAAGCUGUGCAUCGAGCGGAGACUCUCGGCCCUGCUCUCCGGAGUCUGUGCCUGACCCGGUGCUGGCGGUCUCGGCGCUGACCUCUGGUGCCGAGGUGCUGCCUGGACCCUGGCAGGGACACAGCGGGUCAGUGGCCCGCGCCCACAGCAGCAUGGCUCCCACAUCCCAGCCCGAGGGCGUCUUCCUACCUCGGGUGCAGUGCGUCCUCACGGGCCACCUCCCACCUGCACUGGUCCUGGGAGGUGGUGGACAGGUGUGCGUGGGCGCUGCCGCCCUUGGGCCCCGGUGGGGCUGAGACAGUGUUGCUGACUCUAAGCCAAAGCGAACUCUUCCUCCCGGUCACUGGCCCAUGGGACCCAAGAAAGGGCACAGCCUCUGGGCCCUUGCCCCCUGGGACCUAUCCCCCAGACCCUGUCCCCCAGACCCGUCCAGCUUCGUAACCCACCAAGCACUUUAUGCAGACCGACGAGAACCCUGCCUCAGUGCGUCACCGCCGGCAGCGGGGACCGUCUGCUGCUCACUUGUACAUAUGCACCUGUGUGUGUACUGUGUGCGUGCGCGCGCCUCGGGGCAUCAGAGUGGCUCUGCCCACAGGAGCAGUGGCCUUGUAUUUAAUGUUUUCCUGGGACAGGAAACACCGGGCUUUCUAGACCCAGACCAGAUGUAACUUUUCACACUUUACCCCUAAAAUGUGUCUUAUUUUUCUGCCGCUCAUUUUCUCUUCUCUUUAAAACUCUUAGGUGUUUCACGUUGUUUGGGAAGCCUGGGAUGGUUGGGUGGACUGGACUCUCCUGUGCGAGGUGCCAGCCUGUGGCUGCAUGUGUGAGGCCUGCCGCCUGCCAGUGUGUGCAUGUGUGUCCAGGUCAGGUGGCUGGCUGUCCCCAUGCCCUGCAGGACGGGCAGUGCCCAGCCGCCAUGCCCUGCUGGGUGCCGUGGGCAGGUCGGGGAGGGUUUUCUGUGCAGCAGGAAAAAAACCCACAGAGGCAGAAUCCGUCAGUGUUCCUGUGCUCACGCCUGUGCCCAGCCUGGUGCAGCUCAGCUCAGCCCAAACGUACUUGAAUGUCUCCCCGAGCAGGAGCGGGGCAGUGGGUCUGCGGCACCCACGUGAGGGUUCAGAGGUCAUCUGCUACACAGGACACAUGUGUUUUCCUUGCAAUACUUGAAACUGCCACUGUGCUGCACGUGAUGUGUUAGUAUUUAUUGCUUUAUGGCCAGCUGGAACCCAGCCACUAGGGAGGCUUCUUGGGAGGUGCCUCUCCCAUCUCUUCCCAGUGGCUUCCCCAUGGCUGCCAUGCGUGUGGCCAGCCGUGUAUGCUGCAAGCAGCUCCUGUUGUCCCUGAGGUAGAGCUUGGCUGUGUCUGUUAAAUGCGUUCUGUGUGAGUCCCCAUCCUGUCACAUGUAACACGUGGGAAUAAACCUUUGGAAUUGUU